CGAACUUCCAAUUAUGGUUGGUUAUCAAAAACGGGGAAGAGGUGCCGAUGAAGAAAGUUGGAGAUAAGUUGAUCCCCAAUACCGAAGACGAGUUUGAUGCCGAGGACAUCAAAAAGGUCGAGAACUAUGCAAAGGCAAUAAACAUGCUUUAUUGUGCCGUAAAUCCUGAUGACUACCGCAAGAUCUCCUGCUGCUCAACCGCCAAGGAGAUGUGGGAUAAACUUGAGGUGACGUACGAAGGAACGGACCAAGUACGUAAGGCCAAGAUGGACUUCCUCACCCAAGAAUAUGAGAUGUUCAGGAUGAAGGAGCACGAGAAGAUCGACGACAUGUUCGACCGAUUUUCCAAGAUAGUCAACGAUCUUCAUGCAUUGAAGAAGACUUACACCGACAGGGAUCUUGUACGAAAGAUCCUAUGGAGCUUGACAUCCGAAUGGCGAUCCAAGGCCGAUGCCAUCUAUGAGUCAAUCGGCACGUCAAAUAUCACCAUCGACGGUUUAAGAGGGAAUCUUGUUUCCCUUGGUUAUACGAAGGAAAGCGAGCACAAAGGCUUGCGUGAACUUCCAAAGUGCGUCGGGAAGCCACACAAAACAAGGGUGGCCGAAACCCAAAACGAACAGAAGUCAAAACGGGCCUAGGAACGAGAAAUAAAUGGGCUGAACAUAAAAUAGGCCAUAGGUU